GUUCUAAAGGUCCUUCUAAAGUUGUCGUCCAUCAAGUCGACAUGGCACCCCGGUUCGAAAUCGCAGUGGGUCUGCGUAAAGGCCACAAAACAACAAAGAUUUCUGCUGGAAAGAAAGGUAUAACCGAUAAAGCAAUCAAAAUUAGGCCUGCCAGACUAAAGGGUCUUCAAACAAAACACUCAAAAUUUGUAAGAGAUCUGGUCCGAGAAGUAGUUGGACAUGCACCUUAUGAGAAGAGAGCUAUGGAAUUGUUGAAGGUAUCAAAGGACAAGCGUGCUCUGAAAUUCCUAAAGCGUCGUCUUGGCACACACAUUCGUGCAAAGAGGAAGCGUGAAGAGAUGAACAAUGUACUUGUACAGAUGAGGAAGGCACCACCACACACACCAUUAAUAAUUAAUAUAUCUACAUAUUAA